AUGGCUUGCGGGCACGGCUACCUUACUGGCCAAUUUGUUCAAGAUCACGAACUGAAGUUUUCAUCUUUGGAUGAUUGCAUAGCUCUAUAUGAGAGAGCCAGCUACAACGCCAAUAACAGCGAGGGACCAUUUUUCAACUCCCGAAUAUGGGGCCAGCCCUCAGCACACUUUGGUGUGCGAUCAACCCGGAGCUCAGGAGGGCCCUACCCCACAACUAAGGAGAAGUUCACACCGAUAUUCUCCCAAAAAAUACAGAACAACUGGAUCCAAUUUCUGGGCCCCGUGGCCUACAAAGACCCGCGGACAAUGACAGAACUCCGGCUUCCUUGGGUCUGCGCCAGAGACUGGAUUCUUCAACAAAAACUCCGUUGCUUUUCUUCCGGCCUAACACCCUUCCAAUUCUGCAAUAAUCUUGUAGCUUUAGGAAUAUGUGAUCCUCCCACACCGGCGGAGAUGGGCACUUGGAUUGCGGGAAAUAGGAUGUUAGGCGCCUUCCAGGGACUCAAGAUACUUGGUUUCAAUAUUGAUCCCAGGGGUCCCAGUUUUGGGCAGACCGCCUUCCAGUGCUUUCAUUCCCAUCUGGAACAGCGUCUUCACCCCUCUGACAAACUUGACCUGGCGUUUUCCACAAUAUUCUCUGAACACCUUCUUUGCAAGAUAGCUCGCUUUUCUGGCAUGUUCAAGAAGUCAGAGGGGACCUCCCUACUCUCCCUCGCUGAGAAUGAGUCAUGCGAAGGAUGGAGAUCGGGAGAAAACAUCAAUGACAAGUCUGGUCAGCUAUUUCCUAUUCCCUUUGCGCAGGAUAGGGAAGUUAUAGACCAGCUGGUCGCCUCGGCAGAGGACUGA